AUGGCAGGCAUUAAUGUGUCAGCAUAUGCUCAUAGUCCUGUGCACAAAUCCAUCAUAUUGAAAGAUUAUGCUAAUCUUAAGGAGAUACUUGAAGGUUUACCAAAACUUGGUAAUCCUUAUGACAUAAAAACUGAGGCUGCAUCAAUAGCUGAGGAUGGAAAAGCUGCAAAAAUUUCUGCAGUUGUAGAUAGAAGAGAUGUGUUAAAUGGUGACACGCCUCUUCAUUUGGCUGUAAAACUCGGCGAUGUUGUCGCGGCUGAAAUGCUUAUGGCUGCUGGUGCAAAUAACAGGUUGAAGAACAAUGAAGGUUGGAGUGCUCUUAGAGAAGCCAUCAUAAAAAAACAAGACAAAAUAGCAUUUACUAUGAUCCAGUAUUCUUAUAACGAAAUGGACGAAAAAUGGUACAGAAGGUUUCCUCGUUAUUUCGCGACUAUGAGAAGGAUGAGAGACUUUUACAUGGAGAUUACAUUCCAUUUUGAGAGUUCUGUGAUACCGUUUAUCUCAAGGAUCGCGCCUUCUGAUACUUACAAGAUUUGGAAAAGAGGUGCUAAUAUGAGAGCUGAUAUGACAUUGGCUGGUUUUGAUGGUUUAAGAAUCAAAAGAUCAGAUCAGAGUGUUAUUUUCAUUGGUGAUGAAUCAGAUGAUGAGAGAAUGCGACCUGGUUUUAUGUGUUUGGUUUCGCACGAGAAAAAAGAAGUUGUUGUUCCUUAUUUAUCUAGGCCUUCAAAACCAGAUGAAAGAGAAAUGAAACAAUAUUUGGCUAAGAAAUCAACUGAGGCUAAAGUGGUGAGAGUUGCAAUUGAUGUGAGUCAAUCACUUCUUGUUCCACAAGUAACAUGGAGGAGAAAGGAGAGAAAAGAAAGUGUAGGACCAUGGAAAAGUAAGGUUUAUGAUAUGCAAAAUGUGGUUUUAACUAUAAAAUCCAAAAAGGUUCCUGGUGCUCAACCUCAGGCGCCAAAGUUACCUCCCAAGGAAAAGCAAAAUGAAAAGCUUGAAGAUAUGUUAACAGAUGAUGAGAGAAAGCAAUUAGAAGAAGCUGAAUUCGAUUACUCGGAAGAAAAUAAUACUAAGAAAGGGAAAAAAGGAAAGUCUAGUGAACAUAAACAAAAAGAUCAUCAUAAUCUCAAGGCGAAAACUACCAAAGUGCCUUCUACAAACUCUGCUAGCACUAGUAGUAGUGCUGGUGUCAAGGAAGAAAAUGGUGAUACUGAGUAUAAGAGAGGGAUGAUGCCGGUACUUUGGCUUUCCCAAAAUUUUCCUUUGAAAAUUGAAGAGUUUUUGCCUUUGCUUGACAUUCUUGCGGAAAAAGUUAAAGCCGUUCGUCGUGUUAGAGAACUCCUUACAACAAAACUUCCAAAGGAUACUUUUCCUGUCAAGAUUGCGAUUCCUGUGGUUUCGCCAGUUAAAGUUUUGGUUACAUUUACAAAGUUUGAAGAACUGCCAAAAGUAGAUGAAUUUGAAUCAGCUCCAUCAAGUCCUACUUCUGCUGAUUUAGAGAAUCCACCAGCACAACCCUCGUCGUCGUGGUUUCAAUGGAUAAGAACGCCUUCUCAGUCGAGUUCAUCUGCUGCUGCUGAAUCCUAUAAUACAGCACAAGAUCUGUUUACAAUUCCAUCUAAUUAUACAUGGACUGAUCUUCAUUCAAAGAUGAAGUCUUCUGAAAAGAACAAGCCAAAAAAUACAAAGCCGUCAUGA